GCCACGACACCAGCCUAUCCCCCUUUUCUUUCAACGUUGUGAAAUUCGCAUGCGUUCUCGAUAACAUCUAAAUUAAAGCUUAGAGAGAACUGUUUAUAUUUUUGGUGUAUCUUUCCUUUGAUUCAAUAUGGGUAUUCUUCGUAUAUUAGAAAUUAUAUUUGUCUUUUAUUUUGCUUCUCACAUUCCUAUUACAUUAUUCAUUGAUCUUCAAGCGUUGCUUCCUGCGCAGAUGUAUCCUCAACAGCUGAAAGAUGUUUUGAGAUGGUAUGGGGCUGAGUUCAGAGACCCCAUGAUGCUGGAUCCCCCCACCUGGUUCAAGUCCUUCAUCUUCUGCGAAGCCCUGGUUCAAACACCCUUCUUCCCCAUAGCUGCAUACGCCUUCCUGAAAGGAGGCUGCAAGUGGAUCAGGACUCCGGCCAUUGUGUAUUCCACCCACGUAGUCACCACCCUGGUCCCCAUCCUAGCCCACAUCCUCUACUACCCCUUCCCCACAGAGCCCCACCCUGGCCCCCAGACCCAGAAGGAGCGUUACACCCUGGCGGCCAUCUACGCUCCGUACCUCCUGAUUCCUCUGAUGCUGCUGUUCACAAUGCUCUUCAGCUCAGCUUACAACACCAACACUCAGGGAGGAAAGGGCUCAGCUAAGGCCAAGAAGAUCAAAUAAAGACACUCAUUUCUAGCCUGAGUGCUAGUCUGUUUGUGCUAUUGUCCAACUCCAUUGCUGUCCUUGUCACCUGUUUGGUUUGAUGGCACAAACAGAUUGGCACUCGGGCUACUAAUCCACCUGUACAUUCUGUAAUACACUGUACUGUUACCUGGCAGUCUGUCCAGGCUAUCAUACCUCUUAGUCUAAGUACUCAUUUUCAUAGUCAUUUUUUUUCCUUCUCUUCUCCUCAAGUGAUGAAUUGUCAAUUGGUACAUUUCAAGUCAAUAAAACAUCAUAGGUACGUUUAAACAUAUAGAAUAUUGGACACCCAAAGAGAAUCAAAAUGUGUAAAUCCUUUUUUAUUUCAAGUAUAUCUCAUCUUUUGAUGAAGUUGGUCCACUAAGUUUUGGUUUACUAACUUUUAACAUGGAUAAGAUGAAUGCACAGGAGGAUGAUAUUUACUGUAAACAUAAAUAACAUACCUUUGAAAUGUACAUUACUUUAAAAAGAAAUGGUUUGUAUACACUGGCCUGAAACUCCAAUAAGCCACCUGAGGGUUAAAUGUGUUGGUUGUAGUACCACAGAUAAAGGUGAAAUGAUAAAACCAUGAAGAUAUUCGUACCUUAAGAUGUAAAACAGAAUUAAGAUACAAAUGGGGGGGGGGGGGGGGGGGCAA